AUGUCUAGCUCAAAGAAAUCAAGUCGAGGAACCUCCGUAGCAAACGAGUUCAACCAAGCCCUUCAGGAAACCCCCGCAUUUGAACCAAUGCGAUACACAGCAAACUAUGUAAGGAUGGCACAGCUUGAAAUGAGUGCCUCUGAGCUUCAAGCUCUCAUGGCUGGGCUUAAAGAGGCAGGGAAACUCUUGCCUGAGAAUUUUGAUCCAGAUAAGGAGUCGUGGCCACCGGAGGCAGAAGAGCUUAAUCAAAGGAUGGAAGAAAUGUUGAAGAAUUAUGAUAAUCUUGCUGGGUGCUUUAAACAAUUUGUGCAAAGUGCACAGGCUGCAGGUGCUAUGGGUGUUAAGCGCCAGCAGUGA